UUUGGGGCUCAGGUUCUACUGCUGGGAGAGAGAAGGGUGGGGUUGCUAUGGGGCAAUGUUUGAGGUACCAGAUGCACUGGGAGGACCUGGAGGAGUACCAGGCCCUAACCUUCCUGACCAGAAAUGAGAUUCUGUGCAUCCAUGACACCUUUCUGAAGCUCUGCCCCCCGGGGAAGUACUACAAGGAGGCCACGCUGACCAUGGACCAGGUCAGCUCUCUGCCAGCCCUGAGGGUCAACCCUUUCCGAGACCGAAUCUGCAGAGUGUUCUCCCAUGACGAUGUGUUCUCCUUUGAGGAUGUGCUGGGCAUGGCAUCCGUGUUCAGUGAGCAGGCCUGCCCCAGCCUGAAGAUUGAGUAUGCAUUUCGCAUUUAUGAUUUUAAUGAGAAUGGCUUCAUAGAUGAGGAGGAUCUUCAGAGUAUUAUCCUCCGACUGCUGAACAGUGAUGAUGUAUCUGAGGACUUGUUGAUCGACCUUAUAAAUCACGUCCUUAGUGAGUCUGAUCUGGAUAAUGACAACAUGCUCUCUUUCUCAGAGUUUGAACAUGCAAUGGCCAAGUCUCCAGAUUUUAUGAACUGCUUUAGGAUUCAUUUCUGGGGAUUCUGAUAUGGCCACAAAUACCUGAUCCCGCAGCCUCAAGGGAGACCACUGAAAU